AUGGAGGAAGCCAGCGCCAACAUCUUCGUCACUGUUCAGAAGAUCUACUACCCUUUGCUUUGUGUCAUGGGUAUUCCAGCCAACCUCUUUACCUUCUACAUGAUCUGCUUCCGUAAAUGCGGGAUGUCCGACACGGCCAUUAUUUACCUGAGCUGCCUGGCCAUCGUAGACACCUUCUACCUGGUGUGGGUGAUCCUCAUCGACUUGACCCUCACCUUCUGGCUACUGCAGCCCUUCUGGCACUCCCAUCCCUGGUGUGGCAUCCUGGGAUUCCUGCAGUAUGGAUCGCUCUACAGCUCCUCCUGGAUCGUGGUGGUGUUCACCAUCGAGCGCUACCUCGUUCUUCGCAGCACAGCGGCCAAGCAGCACUUCUACCAGCCUUGGGUCACUAAAGUGACGUGCGUGGCUAUCGUGUUGGUGUCACAUGUUGUCUCUGUGCCCCUGGGCUGGAUCAACACUGUCACACCUGUUAACUUGACAGUGGACGGGGAGAAUAUGACGCUGCCUCGGUGUCAUUACCGCAAUCACACCUACUCUACUGUCAUAGUGUGGAUAACUACCUUCCUCUCAGGAGGAGUCCCUAUUGUGUUGGUCAUCAUCUUCAACUACCUCAUCGGGUACCAUCUGUGCCACGCCAGCAACCUCUUCACCAAGGAAGAGCGUCGCGUCAUGCAUGGGAGGAGCACCAGGGGCGUGUUGAGGAGGACCAUCCUGCUGCUGGGCACCGUCUCCUUGGCCUUCGUCGUCCUAAGCCUGCCCCGCUUUGUUACAUACUGCACCCUGAGGACCAAGUACAACCACGAGCACUUUAACCGGAACGACUACAGCAUCCCCAUCAAUGUGGCCGGAGACUUGGCCAACAUGCUGCAGAACCUCAACUCUACCACCAACUUCCUGCUCUACUGCAUGGUCAGCCGGUGCUUCCGGCGGGAGCUGGUCCAAGUGGUGAUUUGUAAGCCAAAGGCACUUAAGCUGAGCUCUGUCAUCACCCACACCACCAUGAAAGUCUUCUCAGUGGUAGAUCAUAAGGCCUCGCCAUCCAGGGAGCCUGUGACUGUAGUGCUAACCAAUCUCAAACUGAUUGCAGAAUAG